UAAAAGCGGGGAGUGGGUGGAUCACUAUUAGCUGCAUUAACUCCACCUGUACAAUAAUCAGAGAUUAGUGUCAUUUGGCACAUUCUUGUGAGGUUCCAAUUUUCUUCGAAGGAAGAAGUAGUACAUUCCUUAAAGGAAAAAAAUCUAUUUGGAAAUUCAACCAUUUAGAAUCAACGAAAAUGUCGGAAAUUCAAGGGUUUUACAGUGGACAAAAUAUAUUCAUUACAGGAGGAACAGGCUUUUUAGGAAAAAUUGUAAUCGAAAAGCUACUUCGCAGUUUUCCAAAAAUAGGAAUCAUCUACGUUCUUAUUCGACCAAAAAAAGGAAAAGAAAUGAAACAACGACUUGAUCAAUUUUUCGCAUCCACAAUAUUUGAGUCUCUACAAAAAAUUAAUCCCAACUUUAGGAAAAAAAUUAUAGGAAUUAGUGGAGAUGGAACGAAACCUGGAUUGGGCAUUUCAGUUGAGGAUCGUAUUCUUCUUGCAAAUGAGGUGUCUAUUAUAUUUCAUGCAGCUGCGACAGUGAAAUUCAAUGAACCAUUAUCAAUUGCUGUUGCCAUCAAUGUCAAUGCUGUGAAGGAGCUAAUUACUCUCUGCAGAGCAUGCAAGAAAUUGAAGGCUGCAGUUUAUGUGUCAACGGCAUUUAGUAAUUGCAUUUAUGAUGAGAUUAAAGAGAAGGUCUAUCCACCUCCUAUAGCAUAUGAGCAACUCAAGAUAUUAAUAAAUGUUAUGAAGAAUAAAAAUUUAUCCCCAGAAGGCGAAGAGAAACUAACAAAUCAGUAUGGAUACUUACAUCGUGUAUUAGACAAGUUUCCAAACACGUAUGCUUUCACAAAAGCAAUUGCCGAAAACAUGGUAAACGAGUAUGCAAGAGAUCUUCCAUUUUGCAUCUACAGAUUCUCAAUAGCUUUAUCAACUUACAAAGAACCUUUUCCUAGUUGGGUGGAUGCUUUUCAGGGACUCAAUACGUCAAUAGCACAACUUGGGCAAGGUUUUAUUCACGUCAUUUAUGGAAAUCCGGAAGCAAGAUGUGAUUUGGUACCAGCAGACUAUGCAAGUAAUGCUUUGAUUGCAUGUGCGUGGGAAACUGGCUGUGUGGAAAGAAGGAAAGAGGAUGAUGUCCCAGUUUACAAUUACGUUUCUGGAACAGACAAUCCUUUUUAUUGGGGUGAUUUUAAAAGCAUGCUGGAGAGUUAUGGUUCAAGAAUGCCGUCUACAAAAUGUCUCUACUACCCAGGAGGGUUUUAUGUAAAAUCCUCAAUUGCAUUUGCCGUUUGUAAUUUUUUCUUACACCUCAUACCAGCUUUAAUUGGCGAUGCUGUUUUCAAGAUAUCAGGAAAAAAACCCGUAUUUUAUGAGAUUUACAAGAGGGGUAGAAAAUUAAUAGACUCGUUGGUUUUCUUCAUGAUUAGGGAUUGGACCUUUGAAACUCAUAACGUCCGUUCACUUUGGAACAGAUUGUCUGAAGCAGAUAAGGAAUUAUUACCUUUUGACAUCACAUCUUUUAAAUGGGAUGACGCGAUAAAAAUAUAUUUGGACGGGGUUAAACAAUUUAUUUUGAAAGAAAAAAUAGACUUAGAAAGCCAAAAAGCCGGUCUUCGUAGAGUCAGGAUGUUAUACGUUGUUCACCAGAUAGUGAAACUCGUCUUUGGGUCUCUUUCUCUAUGGCUUGGAUGGAAUAUUAUUUUGUGUCCUAUAUACAUCAUGUCAGAAAUCCAGCGUUUCUACGACGGUCAAAAUGUAUUCAUCACAGGCGGAACAGGAUUCAUGGGCAAAAUUCUUCUGGAGAAACUUCUACGUUCUUGCCCUGGGAUAAAAAAGACCUAUCUCUUAGUGAGGCCGAAAAAAGGCAAAACAGUUCAGGAGCGACUCAAUGAAGUCACAAGCUUGCCUAUGUUCGAACCAUUAAGGAAGGAAAUUCCAGAAUUUGCAACUAAAAUUGUACCCUUACUUGGAGAUGCAUCAAAACCUGGCUUGGGACUCUCUUCUGAAGAUCGAGCAAUAGUUAUUAGAGAGGCCUCCAUUAUUUUUCAUGUAGCUGCUACUACGAAGUUUGAUGAACCUUUAAAAAUUGCAGUGGAUAUUAAUGUCAAGAGUGUAAUAGAAUUAAUUAUUAUCUGUAAAGAGUGUACAAAAUUGAAGGCCGCAGUUUAUGUAUCGACAGCUUUUAGUAAUUGCAUUUAUGAUCACAUAGAAGAAAAAAUAUACCCAACACCAUUGAAAUACGAGGACUUAAAUAAAAUUCUAAAAAUUUUGGAGUACCGUAAUUUCUCAGAAGAGGAAGAGAAAAAUUUUAUGACUGCCUUAAUAGGAAAGUUUCCCAACACGUACGCCUUUACGAAAUCUAUAGCCGAGGGAUUAUUAAAUGAAAAUGCAAAGGAUCUGCCAUUUUCUGUCUACAGAUUUUCAAUUGCUCUAUCCACAUUUAAAGAACCUAUACCAGGAUGGGUGGAUAUAGCCCAAGGACUAAAUUCUGCUGUAACAGGAAUAGGAAUUGGCAUAAUUCGAGUCGCUUGUGUUAAAGGAGAUGCAAAAGCGGACAUCGUUCCUAUCGAUUUUGCCUGUAAUGCUCUAAUAGUAUCUGCAUGGGAAACAGGAACUCUCGACAGAAGAAUAACGGAUGAUUUGCCAGUCUAUAACUAUGUUUCUGGUACAGACAACCCAAUAAGUUGGGGCGGUUUUCGAGCUGUUCUGAGGAGAUAUGGAGUACACAAUACACCAAGAGGACUUAUUUAUUACCCUGACACAUUGUUUUUUGAAACGAAAAGUUUAUAUUACGUCUUUAAUGUCAUAUUUCACCUUAUUCCAGCUCUAUUGGGGGAUGCUGUUAUGAGAUUAUUGGGAAAAAAACCAUUAUUUUAUAAAUUAUACAAACGAGGAACAAAGUUACUCGAAGCUAUGCAUUUUUUCAUGACACGAGAUUGGGUUUUUGAUACUGACAAUGUGAAAUCAAUGUGGAACAAACUUUCCAAACCAGACAAAGAAUGCUUUAACUUUGACAUAACAUCUUUUGAUUGGUAUGACGUAAUUCACACAAAUUGCGACGGUUUGAAGGAGUACAUACUGAAAGAAGAUGUAAGUCCAGAAUCGAAAAAAAUUGCUCGACGCAAAUACAAAAUACUAUAUGCGGUUCAUCAAGUCGUUAGGCUUCUCUUUGCCACUUUCGUUUUAUGGAUAUUCUGGAAGAUUUAUUAUCUUUUUUUCAAUUGACAAUGAAUUAAUAAAUAAAUGUUAUACGUGAAUUAUAACCUAAUAUACAUUAUUUAAAUUGGAUAAAUAAUUAAAACGAAAUAUGCUCUG